AUGCAUCUUCUCGCCCCCGUCGCCAGCUUCCUCUCCGGCCUCGCGAUCGCUCAGGCGAUCCCAGUCGAACCGACGACAACCCUCCUCAAGCGCGCAACCGGUCCUCGCCUUACCUGGCAACAACAGCUCUCGUCCCUUUCCUCCGCCUCCGCCGCUUCCGCCGCGGCCUCCGCCGCCGCAUCCUCUUCUCGCUCUAUGACUACGGCGACCCCGAGCUUCACCCGCAUCACUGGCGGCUCGCGCAAGUCCGCUUCGCUCCCCUCCUCAUCGACCUCUGCGCCCGUCGCCUCCGCCACACCCUUCUCGAGCCUCGUCUUCGAAGGAAGAUCGUACAAUGUCACGUGGCAGCGCCGAUACAACCUCUCGGACGUAGUCUGGCCGUUGAGCGCGACAUGCGAUGGCUACGAGACGGUCGAUAAGGACUCCCGGGCCUGGCUCUGCGAUGACUUCCUCGCCAACCACCACGUCCCCUUAACCGCAUUCUGCCACAAGACGGUCCACUCCGUCUACCUUGGCGGCGUCAGUGCCGGAUUCAGCGAGACGAACAUCAUCGCUGGCUCGAUGCCGGCACCCUUCUGCGAGGGCGAUGGAUUCGCGAAGCCAGGACCAUACAACUUCUACCUCGGUUGGGGCUACGGCGAGGAGCAUUCGUGCCGCGAAGACGGGCACGGCUGCGACAUCAAGUUUGACUUCCCCGACGUCGAUUUUCGGGUGUAG